AUGCAGCCGAAUCACUUCUGUUUCCCUUCGACAAAACUGUCCAAUGAGCUCGUCGAGCUGACACCCUUUUCGGCCACGAAACAUGCUGCAACCUUCUACAAUCUCUCAAAGGAACACCCGGAGCUGUACGCGCAUUACCCACAGGGCCCAUACCAGGACUAUGAGAGCUUUGUAGAAUCAUUCGUCUGCGGUCUCCUUGCCCAGAGCAGCGAGACUCUGGCGUUUGCCAUCAUCGACAAGACGAAAACGGAUGAUUACCUAAAAAAUGCCGCAUCAGACAGCGGUGAAGGCGCCUUGGCUGGAGUCAUAGCCUUCAUGGAUGCGAAUUCUUCAUCACGUUCCCUCACCAUUGGCACGCUGUUCACUCUACCCCCGUACCAGCGAACGCAUGUCACUAGCAAUGCUGUAGGUCUGAUGCUCCAGUAUGCGCUCGACCCACCAUCUGAUGGUGGGCUGGGGCUGAUCCGGGUGCAGUGGAGACUAGACUCGCGCCACGACGCUUCUGCCCGGGUUGCGGAGAGGAUGGGACUCAGGUAUGAGGGCACAGAGACGUGGUUUCGGUUGAUCAAAGACGGGGUCGCCCGAGGCAAAGUGGGUAAUGGGAAGCCUCCGCCGCCCGGCAGUGAGGAAGGGGAUGUGUGGCAGGACAAGACGACCUAUUCUAUGUGCUGGGAUGACUGGCUUGGAGGCGGCCGUGAGAAAACGGUGGCAGCGAUGGUGAAGAGAUGA